AUGGCUUCCCCAGGCCAUAUGUUACCAGCAAAACAGUUCCUAUGCAGCAUCUGUCAGCAAGUGUUCACUGACCCGGUCACCACACCCUGUGGACACAACUUCUGCUUGGCCUGCAUCCAGAAUGUGUGGGACGGCAGUGAGGUCUGCCAGUGCCCCACCUGCAACAAAACAUUCACCUCCCUGCCUGAAAUAAGCAUCAACACAGCCUUCAAAGAGCUGGCGGACACAUUUCGAAAUAUUACAGUCUGUUCGUCGGCUUCACAGCUGUGCGCAGCCAAACCAGGUGAGGUGGCGUGUGAUGUCUGCGCUGCAACCUCCCUUCAGGUGAAGGCCCUGAAGUCCUGCCUGGUGUGUCUGACCUCGUACUGUGAAGCCCACCUGGAGCCUCACCAGGGAGUCGCCACCUUGAAGAUCCACAAGCUGAUCGAGCCGGUGAACAACCUGCAGGAAAGGAUGUGUAAAAAGCACGAGAGGCUGCUGGAGAUGUUCUGCAGGGACGAACAGAAAUGUGUGUGCCAGUUCUGCACCGAGAUCGAGCACAAAGAUCACCAUGCUGUUACGAUAGAGGAUGAAAGCGGAGAGAGGAAGGUCCAAAUGAAGAAGACUGAGGCAGAUUUUCAGCAGAUGAUCCAGGAACGACUGGAGAAAGUGGAGGAGAUCAAAAGCUGUCUGAAGCUCAGCAACACGAGUGCAGAGGAGGAGAUGAAGGAGAGCGACCGUCUCUUUACGUCUCUGAUUCGCUUCAUAGAGGAGAGACAAAUCGAAGCCAAUGCGGAGAUCAAGGAGAAGCAGAAAGCAGCGGAGAGGAAGGCAGAGGAGCUCGUCGACCAGCUGCAGCAAGAAAUCACGGAACUGCAGAGUAGAAACGCUGAGCUGGAGGAGCUGAGCUUCUCUGAGGACCAUCUGCACGUUUUAAAGAGGUCGCCCUCUCUCAUGUCUCCUCCACCCACCAAAGAGUGGAUGGAGAUCGGCGUCCACCCUGAACUCUGUGUGGGGACGGUGAGGGGAGCGCUAUCUAAACUGGACGACACCCUGAAGAGUGAACUGGACGGUUUGAAGAAGGAAGAGAUGAAGAAGAUGCAGAAAUAUGCAGUUGACGUGGUUUUAGACCCAGACACCGCACAUCCAAACAUCGUCCUGUCAGCUGACGGAAAGGAGGCGGGCCGUGGCGAUCUGCUGCACAUCGUUCCCGACAACCCCCAACGCUUUGACCCCGUCAUCUGCGUUCUAGGCAAGAGAGGCUUCCUGUCCGGGAGGUUCUACUUCCAGGUUGCAGUGGGUUCAAAGACCUUCUGGGACCUGGGCGUGGUCAAAGAGUCUGUAAACAGGAAGGGGAUGAUCACCUCCAAGCCGGAGAACGGCUUCUGGACGGUGCGGCUGAGGAGCGGGGAAGAGUAUCGUGCUUUGGACUCCCCCUCGGUCCUUUUGUCCCUCAAAGAGAAGCCGCAGAUUGUCGGAGUGUUUACGGAUUAUGAGCAGGGGACCGUGUCGUUCUUUGACGUGGAGGCCAGGUCUCCCAUCUACACCUUCACUGGGUGCUUGUUCUCAGGGAGGAUCUUCCCCUUCUUCAGCCCGGGUGUUUUUGAUGAAGGGAAGAAUACGGCACCAUUGGUUAUCAAAGCUGUUAAUCAUUAGCCUGGGAAAACCCUGACGAACUUCCGGCAAAUUUGAGAUUUGCUCUGCAAGUCAGUCUGGCCAAGAGCC